AUGCGCUCCAGCAUCGCCUGCUCUCGGUGCCGCCGAAGUAAGAUCAAGUGCGUCAAUGCCGGAAUAGACACCACAUGUCGCGCCUGCGAGGCCUCGCACAGAGAAUGCGUCUAUCCCACCCCCGCCGUCGGUGGAGGAGGUGCAAAACGUGAUCUUGCUGCUACGCUUGAUGGCGACGACCGAAAUGGCACCGAAUGGGAUAAUCCGAAGCGUCAACGCUCGAGAAAGGUCACUGGAGCCUCGGGUUCUGCUGGUAAGGACGGCGGCAAGAAUCUGGUAGAUGUCCUUGACUCGUCAAUAUUGUCGCCCAAAGUAUGGGAGGCUCUGUCCAAAUCGUUCCAGACACAGUUUGCGACUAUACUGCCGUUCAUCGAUUCCACCACCUUGAAGAAUCAGGCUGGACAGCUCUCUGCACCUCAAUCGGACGCCCAGUCGAAUCACUCCGAACAUCAUCCGCAUAGCCCGCCGCCGAGGACGCAACUUCCACCUCUAAUCUUGCUAGGUGUACUAACGCUUACUGCCCGCUUUCAUCCCCAGCUAGUAUCCUACCAUUCUCCGGCAUCGUCCGGCAAUCCGUCCAACCCAUCCGCCGCCUCCGAGUUCUACGCGUCAGCACUACGAUCCCGUCUCGCCGGGCCGGAUGGAUUGGGACUCAUGACGGCAGAUUUGGUCCAUGUACAGGCGCUAUUGAUGCUGGCUUUGCACGAAUGGGGCAUGUGUCGAGGCAAGAGCGCCUGGCUGUAUGUCGGAAUCGCAAUCCGACUGGCGCAGGCAAUGGGUUUGUCGUACGAACUGGAAAACGACCCAUUCUCCUCCGCUAGCGCCCGCGGCGAAGCCAACCGCUACGCAGCUCUCAAGGUCGAGGCCGAUCAUUUCGGGAUUGUGCAACGGCAAAAAGAACAACCCGAACAAAGCUCCGACGAUGUGAUUGUACAGGAAACGAAACGGAGGACCUUUUGGGCUUGUUUUAUUAUGGAUCGGUGUCUCAGCAGCGGAAAGCAUCGGCCUCGAAUGGUAAAAGUUCGGGAUCUAGAUAUCCAGCUACCGAGUGACGAUGCUUUCGCAUUUGGUGAAAGGGUACGUACGUCCAAGUUGUCGGAUAGCCCGGCACGACGUGCUUCUAGCUUCGAUGGUCCCGGUGGACAGAUUCCGAGUUUGCGACAAAGCGUGCCAUAUGGCGAGGAAAACCUACGCAAUGGCUCGACAGACUCGAAAGCUUGGUCGCCAGUCUCCAAGCGUAUUGAUUCUGCGGAUCAUGAUAUUGAUCGCUGGGAGGUUGGCGCUCAAGAGUCUCUUUUGAGUCGCGUCAUUCGAGUCAUCCGUAUCUGGGGUAGUAUCGCCAAAUGGGUAUGCGCUGGAGGCAGACAAAAAGAAACAUACGGUCCAUGGCAACCUGAAUCGAGCUUUUCUAAGCUGAGAAGCAAACUUGCGGAGUUCCAGGAGAGCUUACCCAGGAAAUUACAGUACUCACAACGAAGUACAGAUGGACAUAGUCAGAAUGAGCAUUCCUUGUCGGCUUACAUGGUCAUGCACGUUGUCUAUUUCCUGUCUUUAAUCGUUCUGCACCGAGCUUAUCUGCCGUUCCUGCCUCUUCGUUGCAACGAGCCCGUCGGUCCUUUGGAUGAACCGACAUUUCCUCGCGAACAGUACGUUGUCCCCGACGGGUUCUGGCGCGAAAGCACUAGAGAGCUCUUCCGAGCUGCAAGGAACAUGAUGGAUCUGGUUAUCGCUUGUCAGGAAAGAGGUGUUCUCGUUGAAACCCCGCUUGUCGGAUUUGCUAUUUACAAUGCAGCUUUCAUCGGACUUUACGCAGCUCAUUUCAGCCACAUGGAUGUUGACGGCUACUUAUCCCCUAGACAGGCCUUGUCGCCGACAUCCACAGGAAUGUCUACCCAGCCGCAGUUACCGACACGUAAAUCGCUUGAUAUUCUGCGUGACAUGCGACCACGUCUUGGUCUAGCCACUGGCUGGUUCCGUACGCUGAACAGGUUACAUACCUACUUUGUUAAGGUCAAGAAAGAUUUUGCCAAAUCGCGCUCCCGCAGUGGCGACAGUCUUCACAGCCAUAGCCCUCUGGGCUUGAGGCCAGUGCGAGAGGGGGGAUUAGGAGGUGGAUUGGAAGAGUUCAAGCUCUUGGAAAAGAUCUUCCUCGAGUUUGGGAAUAUCGAUGAUCAAAUACCAGAGGCCGGCUCUCUGGAUGAAGACGGCACGAGCACAGUCGCUGGAGUAGAACGUGCAGGCGGGCUUUCUUUGAGCGAAACAGCUAGUAACGCAGUGAAAAGUGAGUCAGGCGAUUCCGCCAUGGAUGGCAUACAGCAAAAGCGCGACUCUUGGGUCACCGUCAACAGCGCAAAGAACCUGCCUCCUUUACCUCCAACUCCUUCCGCUUCGGAAGGAGACAUUUCUCGUACUGAGAUGGAUCGUCGCCCGAGUCUCCCUCUGCCAUCUCGACCACUACCAGCUCAAUCGUCUUCUCCGUACCCCUUCCCGUCCAUCCAACAACACCAAAACUCAAUCUCUUCGACCGCGUCGCCUAGCUUGCCUUCACUUACGUCGCCGAGUGCAUUCAAUUCCCCCGGCGCAGGACAAGCUAACCAACAACCCCCAUCAUCCUCAUCCCAUCGCCUCCAACCGCUCAAUUCAUGGCUCCCUCCUCACCAACAGGGACCCCCACCACCACCUUACUCACAAAACCUACCACCUAUCAACGCCGCAACCUCAAACAGCCACUCACCCUAUCCACCCAUGCUUCCACCACCAGGCUCGUCAGCCGCACCACCACCGCCCACACUAGCAGCAUCUCAACAACCACCCUCCACAUCGUCAGCAUCGGUAUCAAUGGGCUACGCUCCAACCCCAGUCUCUACAGCCACCGGCGGAAUGAUGGACUCGAUUUUGGACUAUUACUACCCGAACAUAUGGUCCACCAGUCUCGGAGGCGACGACGUCGUUGCUUUUCUUGUUGAUGGAAGCUUUGAGCAGGGCCAGAGCAUCCCGCCUUCUGAAGUUGGUUCUCCGAGUGGAUGGCUGAACGCCGUCUGGAACGACUUCCCUUGA